CAUGGGGCCGGGCAACAGCUGGAUCUGUCAGGCAGGGGCGUGGCUAGUGCGUAAACUACACUUGAGGGCGUUCUCUCUUACCAGCACUACCACCCCCUUCCUACCCCUCCACUUAUCCUCCUGCCAGACGGGCCCGCUUCUGACGCAGAUGGUUGCGUGCAUUACCGCACUCGACGUCCUGGAAGAUCUUGGCUUCGGUGGGCCUAUGGAUAUAAGCACUACGCCUCGCACAAUCACAUAUGAUGCGCCUAUCUGCACGCACCGAAGAGACUUCACACCAGCCGACAGUGAUGAUCAUCGGGCAAUAUGCGGGGUCGUUGCUCUGAACUGCGUCCGUCUGGUUCACAAACUGGGAGCAGAGUGCUUGGAGGAGUCCGACUUCCUUGAUCGCGUAAUAUCCCAAUCCACAGUUCAGGAAAUAAUGUCUAUUGCCUACGAGCUUCAUGUCAACGGCCAUCUGAAUAUAGAUCAACUCCUCAAAAUCCCCAUCUUUGAAGAAACGUUAGAAGUGACUGGGUCUGUAACAAAUGUUUCUUCGCGUGAUGCUCUGAAAAGCCUCAUCGGACAGUGGUUUUCUACAAAUUCUAAACAUGUUUCGGCAGCAGUCUUUCGAACAUCGGAGAUGUUCGUCUGUCUCCGCAUGCCCAUCUCCGAAACAACUAUCUACGCCCUAUUUGAUUGUCACCCUCGCUCAAGCCAUCCUCACAGUCCUGCAUUUACAUUAUCUGCCAGCCUAGAUGGUAUUGCUGCCCACCUGUUCUCCCAGAUGACUGUGGACCCUAUUGCCAUGGAAUCUACACCGUCCUAUCAAUUCUCCGCCCAUCUUCUGAAACUCAGGCCGACCGCAGACGAGGUAGCUCUCCCGGCGGCUAUCAACAAGAGCAUUAACUUUCUUUCUAAAGCCACGUUCUUGGAAGAAACAGCUGGUUAUUGUGCAGCUUUCGACCAUGCCAACUUCCUUCAGCAGCGAACAGCCGUACUCGCAGACAUCCAAAACAUUGUAUCUACCGUUCCAGCAAACCAAGAUUCAAGCAGUCCGAACGGCAUAUCUUCGCCCUGGAACUAUGAGGAGCUAUUCUCUGCUCGCGGAUUAAGCUCGAAGUUGUCUUUACUGGAUACGCAGAAGGACCCAAAGGAUGAGAGUCUUCGCAAAAACAAGCAGAAACGGCGACUGGGGAUGAUCGACUGGACUUCUUUUGGCUCUGACGACAGGGGCAUUCCAUAUCCUCCAGGUUCACAGCUCUUUGCACUCCUGGACGAUUAUCCUUUCGCGCCAAUGUCUGACCAGAAGGACGGUGCAAGUGACAAUGAACCUUAUCCUUCUUCACCUGGACCAUCUAGAUUCCAACGUAUUGACAUUGACGAUCAGGCCUCAGGUUCCUGCUCGGAUCACCACUCAAAGGCCAGGCGUACAGCGGAGGAGCGGCGCUCUUGGGAAAGUGCUUUACUGAUUCAGUUGCAAGAGGAAGAGGAGAUUGCGGCUACCGUGUCACUUCCCUCGUGGCAAAACCAUAACUGGCUCAUUACAUUACAAAGGAGGAUACAUGAAGAAGAAAUUGCGAGGUCGAGGCCAGGUCCAUCGUCAUCCUCUCCUACUUAUGAUCUCGAUUUUGAGUUGGCCAUGCAGCUGCAACGAGAAGAGGUAGCGGGCGGUGACGGUGGCUCUCUCGAGGGAUACGGCCCAACCCACGACGUUUUUACCACCCUGACUCCUCGAACUCAAGUGACCUCAUUUGACUGUUGUAUUUGCAGGGAUACGCACGCUAUGGCACAGAGUGUUACCCUGGCGGAGUGCCAGCAUAACUUUUGUCAGGAGUGCCUCCGCACAUUCGUCGAGACUAAGCUUGCCGAGCGCCGAUAUCCUAUCUUCUGCCCGGAAUGUGUCAUCGAGAGAUCGAGAACAGUCAAGAGUGAAGUCACACAAGAAAUCAUAGAACACCUUGAGCUUUCGUCAAGACUGAUGGAGCGACUAGGUGAACUGCAGCUGCUAGCUCACUCGAUCAUUCUGAACUGUCCAAGAUGCAAUGAGUCGAUGAAUGUCGACCGCGUUCAAUAUAACGAAGAAGCUGUUCUUGUUUGCCCUGUGCCACUAUGUGGACAUACCUGGUGCAAAACAUGUCUUAAAGCCCUCGCAAGCUCUCAAGACAACCAUCGAUGCAGGAAUGAUAACAUCGAUAGACUAAUGCGAAGAAAAGGAUGGAAGUACUGUCCUGGUUGUCGAACACCGGUGCAGAAGGAAUCUGGCUGCAAUCAUAUGACGUGUACGGCUCCCGGAUGUAAUGGUCAUUUUUGCUACAGGUGUGGGGUGCUGAUCGUGGACACUACCAAUGGAGGAGACGUUGGAUUGACUGUCACAGAGCAUUAUGCUAAUUGUAGGUUAUUUGAGAAGCGAUGGAAGUGUACUAUUCAGUG